AUUACUCACAUGCAAGGUGGAGUACAAACGCUUGAGAAGUACUACUGUUGUAGUUUUUUUUAUUUAUUAUUAUUACUUUGGUCCAGAAGUGUUUUUCUUUUUUUUAAACGAGCACUAAAAAUGCAUGCAAGUGGAAAGACUGGGUUCCUUCGCCUCUAACAAUGUGAAACAGUUCAUUGGAGACACAGAACUUGCCACAGACCUUUUUGAGACAACAUGUCAACAUCUACCAAGCAUGAGAGAACAGUUUGUGUUCUCCUUCCCAACAAAAGCCAGUUGGAUGUCGCUAUCGGGUUAAAGUCUACAGGACAGGAUGUUUUUAACAGUGUUGCGGAGCUUCUUAGAAUUAAAGAGCUGCACUUCUUUGGCCUCACUGUUCUGAGAGACAAUGAACACAUAUUUUUAGACAUGGAAGAGAAACUGACCAAGUACUUUGCAAAGGAUUGGAGGCAAGAUUCGGGAAAGGGAUCGCUAAAGAGACCAUUUCCCUUACUGCUAUGCCUUAAAGUGCAGUGCUAUGUUGAUAAUGGAAGACUUUUUUGUGAGACAAAGGCGCGACAUCUGUACUACUCUGACCUGCGGGAGCGAGUUCUGCGCUCUGAAUGUCGUCAGCAGGAGGAGGUGUACUUCCAGCUGGCAGGUUACGCUCUGCAGGUUGACCUCGGUGACUGCCCGAUGCAGAUGGAUGGUAUGGGGGUCACUGCUUAUUUUGAACCCAAGGACUACUUUCCCCCCUGGAUUAUAGCUAAACGUGGGGUGAAGUACCUUCUCUGCCAUGGACCCAAGGUACACCAGGAACUGUGGGGUAUGUCCACUUGUGAUGCCAUCCUCUGCUUCAUAAGAGAAUCGUGCCAACUGGAGGAUGUACCCGUUACAUUUUACAGACUGCAAAAGGACAAAAAGGAGGAGAGAGGAACAGCGCUGCUUGGUCUCACCCUGCGAGGAAUGCAGGUUUAUCAGGAGGUGAACAACAUACGACAGCUGCUGUAUGACUUUCCUUGGUCAAAUGUCGGCCGUCUAACCUUCCUGGGUACGAAAUUUGAGAUCCAGCCAGAUGGGUUGCCAUCAGCCAGGAAGCUGGUUUACUACACCGGCUCGUCAUUCCGUUCUCGACACCUCCUCUUGCACCUGAGCAGCAGCCAUCAGGUCUACCUCAGCCUGCAGCCGGCCCUCAAACACCUGCGAAAGCUGGAGGAAAGCAAAGAGAAGAAGCGUUACAGAGAGUCAUACAUCAGUGACGACCUGGAUUUGGACCCACCGGGUAGUGAAAGCAGCCCCGGUCUGUCUCGACACUCCACCGGCAGCUCUGGCAUCGAAGCAGAUGCCCGCCAGAACAGCAUAUGUAUGGAGAUGACCUCCACGGGGGAAGAAGGUCCACAACAAGGAGGGAAGUGUUUGAGUUUAGCAAUCAGCCAUGACAGCUCCAUCACCUUGACGUCUGACACAGGCAGUAAGGAUCAAAGAGAAGAUCAACGGUUCCCUCAAGAAGGAGAGAUAAAGACCAGUUUUGGCAGUCCAGAGGAGGUGGAUCCUUAUGGGAUGACCCAGUUGGCUGAUCUCCUUAAGGGAGUGCCUGUUGAUUUUGCAGAACACUCUGUAGAGACCCAGUCACCAGAAAACAAAAGGCACCCUCCACAUGCUGAUCAAGAUACUAUGUUGCUUAACAAGAAAAUGAUCCUGAAGUCCAGACCGCAAGUCUACCCCGAUCACCACACCCAGAGCCUAGAUGAUGUCAGUCUUUACUCGACCCCGGCACCCAAUGGGAUGGCCUUGCCAACCGACAUGUCCUUUAGCUACACCUUUGGGCUCCCAGGCGUCACACAAAACUCAAGGACUUCGGUAGAUCCCACUUAUUACCCCCUUCUGCACUGCCAAGCCAAUCCCUCCUUCUAUGGCCACAAGUCUACCAAUUGCCUCUCCCUGGACACUUUAAGUGACGAACACUUCCUGGAAUUCAUACUCUGAGAGCCCUAACGCUGAGCGGUAAGCCUGAGGUUUUCCUUCAUUGAGAGUGCAGUGAAGCAUGAGGCAUUCUGGCUUUUGAAAGUCUGUUUUGUGUCACAAGGGAUAUUUGUGUUUCAUAUUGGAAGGAAAUUAUGGAAACUCUCCUUAACCUUGUUUGACUCCAAUCGCAAAAAACUAAAACGAUGACAUUUUAAUAAAAUAUUAACCAACCAUAUUUAUUCAUAUUGUGUAUUAUGUACAUAUUGUACUUGUUUUAUUACCAUACAUUUAGAUAUCUCUUAUCAAAAAGAUUGAUUUUUUUUAUUGUCUUUUGUGAAGACCACCAAAUUUACAUUUUUAAAAAAGUUUUGAGUUUCUUUGAACUGCAUCGAACAGCAUAUAAGAUGAUUUUUUUUUUUUUUUUUCCCAUAUAUAUUUUUUAUUUACAAUUUAAUCCGUGCAUUGCAGCUCUACAUUUGACACUAAUGGGAUGUACCUGACUGUCGUUGCUUUUGGGGCUAUUAUUGUAAUCAAAUUUUAUGUAUUGCUUUUGACAUUUUGUAUUUUUUUAUACUGUUUUGUAUAGUGCGAUUUUGUCAUGCUUUACCCAUUUAGUCUUCCACAGCUGUUAUCUACUGAUGUGGAAAAUCUGACUUUGAAUAGAUGGCAGUGCAUUCAUCCAAAUUUUGUCCUGUCUACACUGUUCUCCUUCUGUAAUUACAGGAAAAAUGUAUUAUUUGUGAAGCACUAAGUUUUCAACAGAUCUGCAGCAUUUUUUGUAUUAUGUAACCCCCCUCCAACAAAAAGCCUUUGUUGGUCCCUCUGAAUUUUGUCCAAGCUUUGGUUACUGGUACAAAGUGAAGUGUUUAGCUAAUAUGAGCCAUUUUCAGAUAUUUUUACUCAUGAACAUGCAAGCAUCUUUACCCAAAGUCAAAUGUUUAUGCAAUACAGUGUUGCAUUGCACAUACUCAAUAACUGACAUGGUAAAAAGCAGUGCUAUUUUUAUAAAUGUUGUAAUGCCUGUAAAAAUAAAAAUAAAUUUCUAAUAGUAUGGAAUGAUA